AGGAAGUAACUGUGAGCCAUGCCGCGCCACGGAUAAAGUAAAAGCGAGCGCGCGCCUCGUCGUCAGCAGCCAGUGAUCUCACACACACACACACACACACACACAUACGCGCGCACACGCACACGCACGGGGAGGGAGAAUACUAGCCGACUACGAAAUCGUGCCAAAUGUAUCGUAGUGACGGACACUGACCGCACAGGAGCUCGGGAACGCUAGAAAUUCCUGUCGCAAAAUAACGCGAAUAUUAAAGCAGCGCACCGACACACGCUUCAUCCUGUGAAGAAGAAAAAGACGGAAGGAAGCGCGAGCGGGAUUUUAGCGGGGAGUUCCGAAGAGGCUGUUUCUCUUGCACUGUAUAAGACAACAAAAGUCGGCAAAAUAGAGCACGUAACGUUCAAGAUGCCUCGGGUGGUCCCGGAUCAGAGGAGCAAGUUUGAGAACGAGGAGUUCUUCAGGAAGCUGAGCCGCGAGUGCGAGAUUAAAUACACGGGUUUCCGAGACCGACCCCACGAGGAGAGACAAGCCCGCUUCCAGAACGCCUGCCGGGACGGACGCUCAGAAAUAGCUUUUGUGGCGACCGGCACCAAUCUCUCGCUGCAGUUCUUCCCCGCCAACCUGCAUGGUGAGCAAAGGCAGAUGCCCAGCCGAGAGUAUGUGGACUUCGAGAGAGAGACAGGAAAGGUGUACCUGAAGGCCCCAAUGAUCUUAAACGGAGUGUGUGUGAUUUGGAGAGGCUGGAUUGACCUGCAGCGUCUGGAUGGGAUGGGCUGUUUAGAAUAUGAUGAUGAACGAGCACAGCAUGAGGAUGCUCUUGCUCAGGCUGCCUUUGAGGAGGCUCGCAGGAGGACUCGUGAUUUUGAGGACAGGGAUCGUUCACACCGUGAGGACCUAGAGGACCCUGUGGCAUCAAAAAUCUGGGACUGAUGGCAUUCACGGACCAGGCCCAGGCGACAGCAGGACCCCAGCCCUGGCUCCAACAUGGGCAACACUGACGAUCACAAGAUGCGCUAACGGCAAUCAACAAUCCAGUGGGCAGGGAAAGGGUGACACCAUCUCCCUCACCACAACAAUCUCACAACUCCAUCGCCCCAAAUAAUUACACAAGAGACCAAAGUCCACAUGUGGGGGUGGGAAAGGGGGGGUGGGCAGUUUGGGUAGGGGGGGGGGGUCAUAGUACUCCCUUGAUAAAAAGUUCUGACAAGGUGUAUGUCGGUUUGGGCUGAUAUUAACCUGGUUAUGUGGGAUAUGUUGUAUUUCAUUAUUCCCACCCCCACACCCUCCGGUUCCUUCUUGGGGUUUUGCACUAUAUGAUACUUUCAAAUAAGUUCCCAUGUUGCCUUCCAGUAAGUGUUCCUACCUACAUUUUCAUUCAUCCCCCUAUGCAAGCUAUCUUAUUUUCCUUUUUUUUUGGCACUAUUGUAAUGAAAUGGCAUUCUUAUUAUUUUUAGUCAUAUUUGUGUGAAAGUCAAAAUGUUUACUUUUUUGUAUUUUUUAUUUUAUAUAUAUGUAUGUAUGUAUAUAUAUAUAUAUAUAUAUAUAUAUAUAUAUAUAUAUAUAUAUAUAUAUAUAUAUAUAAACUUGUGUGUCCUUGCGCUUUUGUAGGAGAAACCAGUAAAUCAUUGCUAGUUAAAUUUGCGCUAUAAGUUGGUGAAAAACAGAACAGGAAAAACAAAAAAGUCGAAGAAGCUGCUGAUCUUGUUGACAAGGAAGGCUUAUCAUUUUGUCAUCAUCCCCCAUGUUCUCAGUAUCUUCCACUCUUUUCUGGUUAGCGUACAUCAAAACACCCUUUGAAAGCACCAAGCAGCAGGAAGCGCAUAUUAAGGUCAACCAGCUCAUAUUGGCUUCCAUCUUUUAUUAUUCCAUUUUGUCAUGUUUUUCACGUUUGUACCAAUUCAAGAUCCUUUUUUUUGUCUGCCUUUGACAGAAAAUGUAGGCUAGCCCCCCCCCCCCCACCCCCCCACCCCCCCCCCCCCCCCCCCCCCCCCGCCCCCAACUGGUGCUGCUUGUUUGAACUCGCUCCAGAAAAUAUGAUCAAAAUAUGCAACAUUAGCUUUUUAAGUUAAAUCGCGACAUCAUAAUGUUUCAAGAUUUCUGUUUUUGCUCUUUUAUCUUCAGGAUUUUGGUCCUUUGGUUUUCUGGAGCUCUUGUUAAAAGAAUACAGGGUGAAUGAUUUACUUAAGGAAGAUGAAGAUUGGUGUCAUUAGUAAGGAAAGAAAAUCACUCAAAGCUGAAGACUGAGCUGAGAGACUGGUCAAGUUUGAAAUGUUGAAUUUUUUUUUUUUUUUUGUCCAAAGGAGAUAUAUACCAAUAUUCAUAAAAAAAAAUCACUUCAAAUGAUAUUGUAUUUGAGUUUUGAAUACCUGUAGUGUGUUAAACAACUGUUCAAAUAGAAUUAUUUGUAAGUAUGUUCAUAUUGAGGCUUUUGUAAUUUCGUGGUCUUAGGUGAUGUUACCAAAAUCAAUGUAGCCUUAAAGAACACACUAAACAAAAUUUAGUGGCCAUAAUGAAUACUGCUUUAUAAAGGACUGAGGAGAUGCAGGCUCAGUGUGCUACGGCAAAAGUGCGUGUCUGAUGCAGCGUUCAACACAGCAUGCUUGAAUCUGUUUCAUGUUUUGUUUCUAGUCUGUGUAGUCAGCCAUGCCACUCAAUAUGUAAUUUAUUACUAAAUGACUAAUAUUACUUGGACUACAUCUGAGCUAUUAGUAAGAGCUGGGUCAAAAGUAAUCUUUGUAAUCUUAUUAAACUUUGGAACAAUGUUAACGCAACAUUGCUUUUUUUGGGGGGGGGGGGGGGGGGGGGGUCAUGUUAUUUGUAGGUUUGAAAGGAAACUCAAACAAGUACAGGUACGGCACAGUAAGGUGGAAAUAGAUCAAUAGAGGUGAAUCCUCUGAACAUUUUCGUGCAUUUAUUUGCCUUUAAUAAUCAAAUUGAAACUGCAUUACCUCAUUGAAAUGAUGCAGGUAGCUCAUUCUAGGUCAAAAAUGCAGUACUCAGUAUGUCUCUCAAAUUGGUUUUGAGAUGUAGCCUAUUACUCAAUCAUAGCCUACCUCCUAGCUACAACCAAAAAGUUUCAUAGCAAGAUGUAUGUGCGCAAAAAUGAUCUGAUGGCUCCAAGUUAAUGUCGUCUCUGCUUGACUAUUACUACAAUGGUCAUUGUUAUCACCAAAUUAUCAGAGAAAUGGUCACUUUGAAGGUCCCAUAUAUAUAUUUUUUCCAAACAAUUCAGCUAACUUAGUGGUCAGCCUCGAGCUGGUGUUACUGCCAUAUCUUAAUUCUUCCUUGUACUAUCCAGCAGGAAAUAGGAAACCCUCUCACACUCCCUCUUUCCCCCCUGCCAGGUGUGUCUUGUGCUGUGUGUCAAAAACUACCAUUGUUGCACCUCAUAACAUUCUGAGAUUCUGCAUCAACCUUUUACUUAAUGCUGGCAUUAAGACAAGAUACACACCAGGGAAUGGAUUUUCACACAUUUCAUUUUUUUUUUUUUUUUUUUUAAAUAAAUGGUUUAUUUUCUUAAAUUGUCGUUUAAGUUAUUGGAGGAUUGCCUAUUCAUUUUCAGGUCAUGCUAUGAAGAAUUAUGUAAUUCUGUUUUUAUUGCUUUUUUUUUUUUUUUCCUUAAUUCCAUCAGGGCUUAAGGAUGCUUUUUCUAUGUUGUAUGGUUUAAGCUUUCCCCCCAUUUUUAAACAGGGAGGACUGUUAACUGAAGUGUUAUGUUUGACUUGUUUCUAAAUAAACUUUUUACAAAUGAA